CCAUGUAGCAAUCGUUCCAGCGGACGUCGAGUGCCAUAUUUGGAACACGUGGACCCAUAUUUGGAACACGUGGAGCAUGAUUCAAACUUCGCAGCUGUUUUGAAUUGGACAGCUCAGCGGUGCCACGUGUGGAGGGGGGGGGCGCACGACAGGACGCACAAGCGCACUCGUGGUUUUGAGUGAGGGAAAGAGGAAGAUAAGAGAAGAGAGCAAGAAGAAGAAAAGGAGGGAACUUCUCGAGCGAAGCAGCUAGUCUUCUCCUCCUCCUCCUCCUCCUCCUCCUCCUCCUCCUCCUCCUCCCUCCUUCAUCAUCGUUUUUUCCGCCUAGUCUACUUGAUCCUCCUCUUCUUGGUCUUCCUUCUGUUGCACAUGGUGCAUUCCUUGGACCACAUGGUUCCAGCUGUGCGGCGGCGGCGGCGGCGGCAUCGGCGGCCCGCACUCGUGCGACGGUGGACGCUAUGCGGCGGCGCCUGUGCGUCUUCUUUCGUGGAGGAACACAUUGUGCGACGCUCGAUGCGCUCGUGCCAUGCCCCAGCGGAGUUGGGGUGGAUUCCGAUUUCCUGAUAGAAUGGGUCCGUGACGGUAACGAGGAUUCCUGGUUUCAGGCAUCGACGACGGGCAAUUGCUGCUGCUGUGUGAUUCAGACAUACGACAAAGAUGAUAUCGAUUUGGCCUUCUUUUUCCGUUUUUCGAUGGCACGGCGAAUGGGUGCAACAGUAGUCGGGGAAGAAAACUGGUCGUCAGGAUUACAGGACUGCGCCAGAUCGCCGCGUCACAUUGAUUAUUCUUCCUCCAAGGAGAAGGCGAGGCCGAAUAUGUGCGUUUCACCGCCUCGGACUGCCGUCCGAAGAAGUACCGACAUCUACUACAGUGUCUGCGGCAUGCAAAGGGACAGCUUGUUGCCGGCGCGGCAAGGGGUGUGCGACAGUGGCCAGUCCAAGAACAGCUGUGACGAGACGAACGGUGAGGGGCAGUUUUGGAUCGAGAGCGGAAGUCUGAGGGUGUGCGGCAAUUUUGGCGAGCCGACAGGUAAGUACGCUCGGAGUAAAGAAACAAAGGCUCUGUGCCACAAUUGGUAUGCGGCGGCGGUCAAUUGCAGUUUUGCGGAGGGGACAGCAGCCGAGCUGGAAGGAAAGGAGCAAGAGGAGAGAGAAGAAGGAAAAGCUGUGUUGGAAUUGGCAAGCCGGGAGCCGAGUGCAGGACAAGCAAAAGGUGUGCGACAAUUUCCAAGCUCAGAAUCAAGAAGUCAAUUGUGUGUGGCAGUAGCAUAAAAGCAUAGCCGAACCAUAAGUUUCAGCAUGCGACAAGCUGACAGUACGGCCAAGGGCUGUGUGUGCGACAGCAGCUGUUACUUAAUAGCAGCAGCUGAAAGGUCAGGAGUGCCAGGUGACGGCAUCAAUAACCGCCGGCUAAAGCUUGUGCAAAUCUUGUGCAAAUCAGGGGUGUAGAAAGGGGGGGAACAGGACUCGUUAUAGGCGAGAGGGGCAGUCACCGCAAAAGGGUCUCUGUGCGACAGCAGCCAAGGUGGAGCUUGAGCAUCAUAGGCAGCGCGCGUCACAAACCAGAAGACGAAGGGUGGCGUAUUGCAGCCAGCCAGCUUCAAGGGUCUCUGUGCGACAGUAAUCUGGGUGGGAGCUUAAGCAUCAUAGGCAGCGCGUUACUGCACGCAGCAGCAGCAGCAGAAGAAGAAGAAGAGGGGGGAAGUUUGCCAGCGCAACGGGUCUGUGUGCGACAGUAGCCUGGUUGGAACUCAAGCUUAAAGGGUCUCUGUGCGACAGUAACUUGGGUGGAGCUUAAGCAUCAUCAUAGGCAGCGCGUCACACACGCAGAAGAAGAAGAGCGGGGGAAGUUUGCCAGCUCAACGGGUCUGUGUGCGACAGUAGCCUGGUUGGAGCUUAAGCAUCAUACAUAUAAGCAGUGCGUCGCAAAGGCAGAAAAAGAAGGCCGGGUGUGCGACAGCAGACAGUAAAGGGUUCUUGCUUGCUUGCUUGCGUGCGACGGUAACUAGACACACUUACUGCGACCAGAAGCUAGCAGUAAGUGUGUGUGUGUGUGUUUGUGCGCGCGCGCGCGACAAGAGCUAGCAGUCACGCGUUAAGGCGGACGUCGCUCGCGCGCCAUUCUUUUCUUCCUUCGUGUGAUUUUCUUCAUUGUUCAGAAGAGGCAAGGUCGAUGCCACGCACCUCUGCGAAGAAGCCAUCCAUUUCUUGAGCGGAUUGCGGCCACCAGUCUCUCUUUUUUUAACAUCCUUGAGAAAGUCGUUACUGAGAAACAAUAGGAACGAGCCGUUGAUGACAAGACAGAGGUGGGGAGGAGGCUUUUGCGAAUUUGGAGGGCAGAACGAAAGUCGAGGUGGAGGGUAUAUUCAAAAUUUGCCAAAUCAAAACGAAAGUCGAGGUCGACAAUAUCUGUAAACUGGGAUGAGCAACAGAUUGAGAAGUCGAAGAGGCAUGGUGGAUGGAGAUGCUGAUGUAUUAUGAUUCAUGCCAUUGACGAUGGCGAUGGGAAAAUGAUGCUCCUGCAUUGUUUGACAUUAAUAGCAGGUCUCGGGUAAUAAUGAGACAGUUUGUGUACUCGUCCGACGAACACACUCCGCUCUUUCUCCUCUCCUCGUAGUCGUUACUUCUCUUCUCUCUCUCUCUCUCUUUCUCUCUCUCUCUCUCUGUGCCCCCCUUGUUGCCUUCGCUGUCCUUUAGCUCUAUUCUGAGGUCCUUAUUGCUCGAUCGGUAGCAGCUCUCUCUCUCUCUCUCUGUGUCUAUCUCUCUCUUGUAGUUAAUUGCUCACUUCUUCAUCAGCAUCUGCUCAGCACAUAACUGCUUGGAACCUCUCGCGCUCCUUUUGCU